AUGAUUUCGACAGCUCUUGCACUGCUCUCCGGGGCUUCGUUGGCACUUGGUCAAACCACAACGUGGGCCGCUGCUUAUGAAAAGGCUAACAGUGCUCUGGCCAAGCUAUCGACGAAUGACAAGAUCAAUAUCGUUUCAGGUAUUGGGUGGAAUAAAGGCCCAUGUGUCGGAAAUACUGCUGCGAUUAGCUCGAUUGGCUAUCCGCAACUUUGCUUGCAGGAUGGUCCACUUGGAAUUCGGUACGGCACCAGCGUCACGGCGUUCACUCCCGGAAUUCAAGCUGCCUCAACAUGGGAUCGUGCAUUAAUCAAAGAGCGAGGCCAGUUCAUGGGUGCAGAGGCAAAAGGUUGUGGGAUCCAUGUUCUCCUUGGGCCCGUCUCUGGACCCCUUGGAAAGGUCCCUACUGGUGGAAGGAACUGGGAAGGCUUCGGCGCGGAUCCCUACCUGGCCGGCAUCGCCAUGGCUGAUACCAUCAGUGGCAUGCAAGCCAGCGGUGUGCAAGCGACCGCCAAACACUAUAUCGGCAAUGAACAGGAGCUUAAUCGCGAAACAAUGAGCUCGAACAUAGAUGACCGCACCAUGCACGAGCUUUAUCUUUGGCCCUUCGCCGAUGCUGUUCAAGCAAAUGUCGCGUCAGUUAUGUGCAGCUACAACAAGCUGAAUAGCACUUGGGCCUGCGAGAACGACAAGAUAAUCAACCAGCUGCUCAAGAAGGAGCUUGGAUUCCAGGGAUAUGUUAUGACAGAUUGGAACGCUCAACACACCACCCAGCAAAGUGCCAACGCUGGCCUGGACAUGACUAUGCCAGGAUCGGACUAUAACGGCGGCACCGUUCUCUGGGGUUCGAAACUGGCCAGUGCCGUGAGCAGUGGACAAGUUCAACAAUCUCGUGUAGACGAUAUGGUCCGUCGUAUUCUUGCUGCAUGGUACCUUACAGGCCAGAGCAGUGGUUACCCAGCCAUCAACAUCAAGGCGAACGUCCAAGGUACGCACAAGACCAACGUGCGCAGCGUUGGCCGGGAUGGUAUUGUUCUUCUCAAGAAUGAUGGCGGCGCCUUGCCUCUGAAAAAGCCUGCAAAGCUCGCUCUUGUGGGCUCUGCGGCAGUCGUAAAUCCGAAGGGCAUGAACGCCUGCACAGAUCAAGGCUGCAAUGAUGGUGCACUGGGAAUGGGCUGGGGAUCAGGGACCGCUACUUAUCCGUAUUUUGUUGCGCCCGCAGACGCCAUUAAAACGCGGGCCCAGAGCGACGGGACUACCAUCAGCGUAUCUGCUUCCGACGCCACAUCUGGCGUUUCAUCGGCCGUCAACGGGGCCGAUGCCGCGAUUGUCUUCAUUACGGCUGACAGUGGCGAAGGCUACAUCACAGUCGAGGGCAAUGCCGGAGACCGUAACAACCUGGACCCAUGGCACAACGGAAACCAGCUUGUGCAGGCCGUUGCACAGGCGAACAAGAACGUUAUCGUCGUAGUGCAUUCCGUUGGUCCCAUCCUGCUCGAGACAAUCCUUGCCCAGCCAAAUGUCAAAGCCAUUGUCUGGGCAGGUCUGCCGUCUCAGGAGAGCGGAAAUGCCCUGGUGGAUAUUCUAUAUGGAUCCACCUCCCCAUCUGGAAAGCUUCCUUACACCAUUGCAAAGGCUGCAGCGGACUACGGGACAAGCCAGAUCAGAGGAGACGACAGUUUCAAAGAGGGUCUAUAUGUCGACUACAGGCACUUUGAUCAGGCUGGUAUUACUCCAAGAUAUGAGUUUGGUUUCGGUCUAUCUUACACCAACUUCACCUACUCUGAUAUCAAGGUCACUGGUGCGCCAACCUCCGGCCCAGCUACAGGGGCUAUCACAUCCGGAGGUCAUGCUGACCUCUUUGGGACUGUUGCAACGGUUACAACCACCAUCAGUAACAGCGGCUCUGUUAGCGGCUCAGAAGUAGCUCAACUUUAUGUCGGAUAUCCUGCCUCUGCCGCGACCCCUCCAAGGCAGCUUCGCGGGUUUGUAAAGCUGCCUCUCGCGGCAGGUGCUUCUGGCACGGCGACUUUCGCACUCCGGAGAAGAGAUUUGAGUUACUGGGACACGAAGCAACAAAACUGGGUUGUCCCGAGUGGUUCGUUCAAUAUUACUGUCGGCGCCAGCAGUCGGGACUUGCGCCAGAUUGCGACUUUGACGGUUGCAUAA